AUGCAACGGUCUCUGGUCAACCCCCCUCUGUGCCGUAUUCGCCCGCGAUUAGUUCCCCUGGUAGCGAAGCUCCCCCUGUCUUCUCCAGCAGACGAGUUCAUCGAUGACGGAGAGCAGGAAGGGCCGGAGACAGGGGAGGAAUCGACGGGUCCGGGAGGGAAGGAGGUAGAGUCGGAGAAUCAGGAAGGGUUGGAUGAAGAGUUGGUUGAGCCGGGAGGGCAGGAGGUAGAAUCGGAGUCUUUUCCCCCUGCUACGCACGUACCAUCUAAUCGUCGUGCGCGGCAUGAGCUUGCUAGUUAUAACACUGCUGCGAAUGAAAAUGUUGAAGUCAGAGAAGGAAGAACCCGUGCGCAAACUCGGGCCGUAAAUCAGCAGAGCGCAACCGGCCUCAUGGCCACUCUAGGACCCAUCUCCGCAUCAGAACUAAUAGAGGCGCUCUUAGUGGAACAGAGAGCAUCUGAUGCAAUGGAAUUGCCGAAAGUGCUCAUUCAGGACGUAGAGUCAGAACCGAGUAGCUAUAAAGAAGCCCGUCAGUCAAAAUACUUCUCGAUUUGGGACAAGGCCAUGUCUGCAGAAUUUGAAGGCUUGUUUAAGAGCAGGAACGUUCGCGUUAGCAGUAAAGGCAAGAUAGUGAAGGCCAAGGCUAGGCUUGUAGCGAAGGGCUUCAAGCAGAAGCAUGGUGUGGAUUAUCUUGAGACUUUCUCGCCUACUGCAAAUGCUGCAUCGAUUCGUUUGUUGGUAGCAUUGGCGUGCAAGUAUGAUUUGGAAUUUCUCCACUUUGACAUUGAGCAAGCGUUUGUUCAGUCGGAAUUGGAUCACGAGGUGUUCAUGAAGUUGCCCCCUGGCUGUGAAUCGAUGACAGGAAAGGUAGUCCGUUUAGACAAAAGUUUGUAUGGACUGAGACAGGCAUCUAGAACAUUUCACAAGAGACUUGUGUCGGACCUGAAGAGGAUUGGUUUCGAACAGUCUCUGUCAGACCCCUGUGUUCUUCAUUUCAUGAUGGGAGACGAGGUGUUGGGUAUGAUUGCGAUUCAUGUGGAUGACAUUCUGUAUGCAGGAAUUGAGAGGCUUGCCGAGAUGGUUGUGGAAGCGCUAGGUGACUCUCUCCCCACGAAGAAUUUGGGCGAGGUCAGGUUCUUUCUUGGUUGCGCAUUCGCUCGCGACCGCGAGGCUGGUACGAUUGAGAUGUCUCAAGAGAGUUACAUCAGGAGUGUUCUUGAGAGAUUCAAUGUUUGUCGCACCAGCUCGAUCCCUGCUUCCCUUACUAACGAUUACAGGUCCGUGAUUGAGGAUGAGGGGGCAGGAGAUGUGCCGUUCCGAGAUGUGGUGGGGAGCUUGAUGUGGAUCGCCAACCAGACGAGGCCCGACAUCUCGAAUGCUGUGCGGGCGGUGGCAAGGCACUCUCACGAGCCAAAUAAAAGCCACUGGAAGGCUGCUCAGAAGAUUCUAAAUUAUCUUCUGGAAACGGCACAUCUAACUUUGAAGUACAAGCAGGACACUAUGGUAGACGUAGGCACGUUGGUUUACGUCGACGCAGACUUCGCCAGUGAGGCCACUGACCGUAGAUCAGAUUCGGGAGCACUAGUUCUAGUAGCUGACUGUCUUGUUGCUUGGAUUUCUAGGACACAGAAAUGUGUCACACUUUCAACAACUGAAGCAGAGUAUGUUGCGAUGGGUGACGGUGUAAAAGAGGCUCUGUUUGUCAAAGGAAUGCUCGAGUUCUUGAGGCCUAGUGAUAGAAUCGGUAAGAUUCAGGUACGAGAGGACAACGAGGGUGCGAUUGCACUUGCUGAGAAUCCACUCAGUUCGUGUAACAGUAAGCACAUUGACGUGAGGCACCAUUUGUUCAGGAAUUUGACAGAGGAGGGAGUGUUGGAAAUCAGGCAUGUCUCUAGCGAAGGACAACAUGCGGACAUUCUGACGAAGGCUCUGCCGAGAGGUUGUUUUGAAGUUCAUCGUAAUUUUGCUCUAGGUUUGAUUUCUAAGAAUUAGUCUAGAGACCUGAGUUGUGUUUUAUCUUCGUUGUUGUUAUUCUGAUGUAUAUUUGAUUGGUCGAGACAACAGCCCCAAGGGAGGGUGUUCGUGAUAGUUGCUGCUGUGUGUGUCGACAGAGUGACGUAGAACAACUUGAUCGGACAGACAGGUUGCAUUACGGGACUGUCUGCGUUGAAGAUCGUUGAGCAGCCACAUAUUAUCAGAACAGCAA